GCCAGACCUGCAAGUGUCUUUAACAUUCGCAUUUGUGACGACACACUAAAAUUAAUCCAAUCGGGAACGAAAUCUUGCUAACCUCAUUUGAAUACCGCAUCUAUAAAUAAACGGGGCUUUGGCGCGCCUGAUUAUUUUUCUAGCUCUUAGUUCUACUGUUCUAACUUGACGCUAGGAUGCCUGAGCCCACCAAGUCGGCUCCGGCCCCGAAGAAGGGCUCCAAGAAGGCGGUGACCAAGGCGCAGAAGAAGGACGGCAAGAAGCGCAAACGCAGCCGCAAGGAGAGCUACUCGGUGUACGUGUACAAGGUGCUGAAGCAGGUGCACCCCGACACCGGCAUCUCGUCCAAGGCCAUGGGCAUCAUGAACUCGUUCGUCAACGACAUCUUCGAGCGCAUCGCGGGCGAGGCGUCCCGCCUGGCGCACUACAACAAGCGCUCGACCAUCACGUCCAGGGAGAUCCAGACGGCCGUGCGCCUGCUGCUGCCCGGGGAGCUGGCCAAGCACGCCGUGUCCGAGGGCACCAAGGCCGUCACCAAGUACACCAGCUCCAAGUGAGCCCGCCAAAUGAACGGCUUCAGCAGUCUCCUCCUUGACUUAUACUCCCAACUGCCUUCCAAACCCUGGCUGCAGGAAAGAAGACUGAGGAGAAGUGGAGAUCAUGUUAGGG